UUCGCAGUUUGAGGAAGGCUACUGUUUUUUGUGCUGUUUGGGCUUUGAGGGAUCUAGAAACGAAGCGGAGGAGUUACAACUUCAAAAAGUGACAACGAUAUCAUCGUCUGAGUGAUGGGCACACUGAAGGAGACACUGGAAGAGAAUACUUGGCCUUGGAAGCAGGAAUAAGGAUAAUCGUCUACGAUUUUAGUGUUCUUAUUUGUUCGUGUGCAUAUUGGAUCUGGUUGAAGAUAGUGUAAUUGAAUGAUGCAUCACGAAAGCGGAGUAGUAAUGUUCUGGAGCACACGCUGGUUUUAGACCAAGGCUUUCUUCCCUAUGUUUUGGGGUUUUGUUUUUAGUUUGCGACGCUUUCUCUGCUCAACCACUUGUUGAAAUAACGAAAUCUACGAAUGAAGAGGAGGACAUCUGCGUGUUAUGGGGAUCUAAUGAAAACUGUUCGCCAAGUUCGGGGAGUUUCCAUUUACAAGGAGUAAAUUCUGAGUUGUAACUGCGCGAGAGAUUAUUGAUUACGGACGUAUUUUCCACGAAGUUGACACUAUUUUGUUCUGGCUAACGUUUGGGAAUAAGCUUACCUGCGAUACAUCACACACUAUUGCUGACUUCUUAUAAUCGCAUUGCUACAUGUAUAGUUGAUCUAGUAAAAUAUGUGCACCAAAAAACAAUAGCAGCUAGCUGUUAAAAGUCGUGUUGGAGGUUUUGCUUGCUGUCAAAAUCUGGCAAUGACAGGUUACCGCGCUGGACAGCUAGCGUGCUAGCUCAGCGAUUACAACUUUAGCCAGUUAGCAAGUCUGAUGCUAAGAUUUGUAUUACUGAAUGUUUGGUUAACAUUGCGCUAACAUCAGCUGUUUGACCAUCAUUUCAAGUUGCAAAUAGUGCAAGUAGUAUGUCUGCACUUGGGGUAGAAAUGUCACACAUGUCGUGUUAGAAUUACUUGUUUGGUGUGUCAUUAUGUCAUUGGAUAAACUUUUGCAAGAAGACUCACUAAACUACCUUUAGCUUGCUGUCGAACCCUGCUAACGGAUGCUUGUUAGCUUGAAAAGUGUAUGGCUUAACAAGUUGUCCAAUUAGCUAGGUAGGUGGCAUUUCCACUUGGGAUUGUGUUUGAUAUUUCAACAGAUGUGUUGCAAAAGCCUAAUAUAUUUCGAAUUCAUUGGUGAGAACGGGGUUUGUCGAGACCGCUAACUUUUAUUACAAAGUUGGUAAGGGCUGCGCCGGGAGUUACUUCGACAUUUCUCUGCCGUCUUGCACUUUAGUUUGUUUUGUUGGCUACUGAGCUAGUUAGCGGAUGUUUUUAUUAGCUUGACAGUAAGUCAACAAACGUCUCACGAUUUUGGCAUAUCCAACACGGGGAAAUAUCUUGGCGAACCCUGACAAUGGACAACCUGUGACUUUUGAGCAAGCUUUGAACUUUUUCUUCUGUCAAGUCAAGUUGUGAAACUCUACGGCCCUCACUAUGUCGGGAUCCCCGAGCUCGAGUGGGUCAAACCCGAGGAAAUUCAGCGAAAAGAUAGCCCUUCACAAUCAGAAACAAGCGGAGGAGACGCGGGCCUUCGAGCAGCUUAUGACUGACCUCACAUGUUCAAGGGUGCAGUUCCAGAAGCUUCAGCAGCUGCGGUCGUCUCAAGUCCGUGCCCAGUACUAUGGAGGCUCUUUGCCCAAUGUCAACCAGAUUGGCAACACCAACGCUGAGUUUCAGGGCCCGUUCCCGUCCGGCCUGGACUCCAUGCGAGGCACGCGGCACCACGGCCUGGUGGAGAGGGUGCACCACCGCGACCGCAACCGCAUCAACUCACCUCAUCGCAGACCCCUCGACAAGCACGGCCGGCAGAUGGAAAGCUCUCCGUACAGCUCCGUCUACUUGUCACCCCCACCAGACAACAACUGGCGAAGGGAGCAGCAGCCGUGGACUGAAGAGAAGCGACCCGGAUUUAGAUUAAUAUCCCAACUCAACAGGACUAACUCGGACUCAGCUCUGCACACCAGCGCGAUGAGUCCCAACCCACAGGACCCAUUUGGCAUGAACCAGCAGAUGGCCCGUGGGCCCCCACAGCGCAAUGCCAGUGUCAAUGAAGCUGAAAUUGACGGUGGAUCAGGAGAUGUGUUCUCUUUCCCAGUGGAGGAGGGCCUGAUGGGUGUCAACAAGCCCAUGCCCAAACAGCUGUGGGAGGCCAAGAAGGUCCAGUCCAUGUCCUCACGCCCUAAGUCAUGUGAAGUGCCUGGAAUCAACAUUUUCCCGUCUCCGGAGCAGACGUCGAUGGGCCUGUCGCACUACCAGGGCUCCCUGAACACGGGCGGCUCUCUGCCAGACCUGAGCAACCUGCACUUCCCGUCGCCGCUGCCCACGCCGCUGGACCCCGAGGACGGCAGCGCACAGCAGCAGCACCACCACAACCUCAGCGGCGGCAGCAGCACCGGCAACCUGCCCGCCGCCAUGAUGCACCUGGGCAUCGGAAACUCCCAGGGUCUCUCCGCCUCCCUCAGCAACCCCUCAAUCCAGGCGUCGCUGGCCAACUCGCAGCUGCACUCGUCCCUCAGCAAUCCCUCCAUCCACUCGUCCCUGCGCCUCUCCUCGCUGUCCAGUCCUCCGGCUGGGGGGAUGAGCAGCUCGCCACGCCGUCGCCCCGCACCCAUCAGCCCCCUCACGCUCUCGCCAGGAGGAGACCAGAGGAGGAGUCUGGGCAAGCAGCUAUCGCCAACCAUGUCGCCCUCACUGUCGCCCAUCACACAGGGCGUCCCGCUGGACACCAGCCUCCCUAUGGACCCUCCUCCCCCCUACCCCCUCUACAAGCAGCAGCAGCAGCAGUCCAUGCAGCACCAAGGCAUGCAGCAGCAAUCCCAGCAUGCAGUGGGGCAGGGGCGGGGCCAGCAGCAGCAGCAACAGCAGCAGCAGCAGCAGCAGCCGGUGUCCCCGCUUCACAACCUGGCCAACAUCGACUUUGCCUCGGCCCUGAACAACAUGGGAGCGUUCUUUAGCGACCCCUUCAUGGAUGCACAGUUCUCUGGACGACAGACAAAAGGCAUGAACUACCAGCAGGACCAGUUUGGUCUGCUGGAGAUCGCCAUGAGAGAGGCUUCAACUAUUAAUUACUCACAGGACCAGUUUGGUCUUCUGGAGAACGCCAUGAGCUCCAUGGGUGGGGGCUACGACCCCUCCUCCUCCUCCCUCUACUGCAACCAGGCGGCGCUCAUGGGCCUCACGGGGAGCCAUGGCAACCUGCAGGACCCCCUGCAGCUGCAGCGCUCCAACAUGCUCUACAACAACUGUGGAGGAGGAGUGCCCAACAUCAUCCUCACAGACGACUCCAACCCCAGCCUGUCUAAGGACAUCAGCAGUGCGUUGUCGGCGGUGCCCGAGUGUUUUGACUCGGACGGCUUCCCCCUGGAGGACGAGCUGCGCAUCGAGCCCCUCAGCCUGGACGGACUGAGCAUGCUCAGCGACCCCGACAUGGUCCUGCCCGACCCCUCCGUGGAGGACAGCUUCCGCAGCGACAGACUCUGAACGAGUGACACAGCACUCUGAUGACCACGGGAAGGGGAAAGAGGAUCGCUUAUGGGGCUCGCGUCACAGUCACAUGCAGACUCUGAAUGAACAGCGCUCUACUAAAGGGUUGGGGGGUAUUGGAGGGGGGGUGGCGUGGCACUUAACAAUCAUACACUUGCGCACAGUCCGUGGCUGACGGUUCCUAUAGCGACAAACUCUGAAAGAGCAGCGCUCUGACUUUGGAAAAUGGGGGACGAUCGGUAAUGGGGUCACUUCACAGUUACAUACAAUUCAUACACUCGUGCACGGGACGCAUGCUCGCACGUAUUUACUCACCAACAGUCAAAGAAAAUGUUACUCGCUUUCACACACUACUUGUGGACUUGAUGGACUUGCAUCGCAUUUUGCCACACAAAGCAUACACGCUUACAAUCCUGUUUUUUUGUGUUUUUGUACAUAGUUGGGAUGUCAUUAUUACUAAAAGGGCUUCAUCAUGAGUCAAUGACCUUGUUCAAAGGAGCACUUAUACAUCUUUUCAUCUUUUUUUCUGCUAUAGUUAGUCUGAUGUGUAUGAGUGUACACACGUUUAGUUUUUCUGUCACACACACAUGCAUGAUCACACACAAACAGCACUGGCAGAAGCUCACAUACACACUUGUAAAGAGGUGUAAUAAGGGACUUUUUUGUGUAUGUGUGUUUUGUUUUUGUUUCGUUUUGUUUAUAUACUUGUUUUUGUGUUGUCCCUCACGUAUACAGUGCCCUCCAUAAUUAUUGGCACCCCUGGUUGAGAUGUGUUUUUUAGCUUCCAAUUAUUUUAUUUUUUUUCUAAAUAAUAUGGGACCUUAAUGGAAAAAAGAGAAAAAUCCAACCUUCAAUACAAGUGCAUUUAUUCAGUGGGGAAAAAAUCCCACAUAAAGAAAUAAUUAUUUGACAUCAAAUAAUGUGUGUCACAAUUAUUAGCACCCCUGGUGGUAAUAUUUUGUACAACCCCCUUUUGCCA